AUGGAGCCAUAUCUUCGUUUUGCAACCGAAGUAACUAAUAGGUCUAAAAAAUCGGACCUAGAGGAUCAUAGAAGGUUUAUUUUGGGCUCCAAUGAGUGCCUUAGGGUUUGUCUCAACUCUCUGGCAUUGCUUUUAGAUUCAAAACUGUUAGAGCCUCUUGAUAUUCCUGAAGAUAUUCCAUCAGAACCUGAUCCAAUUGUUAGAUACUUUUCUACCCCUUUGCUACCACGAACAUGUGAAAAAUUGAGAGAAUGGGAUCAUUUAAAACGCAAAACAUUGGCUGUAGAAACUGCACUUGUUAUAGUAGAAAUUUCAAGGAAUGGAUUGUCACAGUUAAUAAAAAGCAUAGAUAAAGGAUUCAAUAGUGAAACAUUCUAUGUAAGAACUCUAGCUAUUUUGAUCCAUUUGGCAAAGAAGUCACAAAAUUUUCCAUGGAACGGUGAGCCAAAAGAAGAAAGUGUCUUGUAUAAUGAUGACAACACACUGACGGAUAUCUUGUGUAAUCUAAUUUUGGUUCUUUCGAUAUUUGCAACUGAGGAAGUUGGCUUGUUUACAAACUUUAGGGAGUUACCUAAAUCGCUACUAUCUCUUCUUCCAAGGACGUUAGGUGUACAUAUUCUAGGGAUUAUGCCCACACUGGCUUUUGAUUCAAGGAUAUUAUUCUCUCUUGAAUCCCGUGAAUCGUUUAUAAAUUCACUCGCAGAUCAGUUUUUUAACCUUGUGGAUCAUUUGAUUUUACUAACUAAGAGUUCCAUAAUCUCUUUCGAUCCUUCUAGCUAUGAGAUAUCAUUUACUAUGAAUUCUGGAUCUUUGGAAGAUCCUACAAGUUCUUCCAUGGUUUCAUCAGCAUAUACAGAAAUAUAUCGUUAUUAUCUGUCAAUUUGGCUUAGAUUUUCCAUAGAUUAUGUUAAAUAUGGCUCCUUACUCUGUAGAAGUAAUUCAGAAGCAUGCAGUAAACUUAUUAAUUGGUUGUCUAGGGUUUUAGAGUAUCGUUCGCUAAAUGUAAUUGGGAAUUUGUUCAUAUUCGAAGAUAUUAGGUACUUCGAGGAUGUUGUUAAGUUGGCAAAGGCUACUGAUUCCAAUCUCUAUGUAUCUUCCCUGAUACAUCACUCCUCUUUAACAACCCAAGAUUCCUUGAGGAUGAUCAAGUUCGCUGGCCUAGAAGUUAUUUCAAGGGAUAGUGUAAAUUCUAGAUAUAUUUUUUCUUUUCUAGUGGAUGGUUUAUCUUCCAACAACAUUACAAUAUUUCUGGAAACUUGGAAGCAUUUGUUAUAUCCCAAUAACAUUGGCGAACAAUCGGUCGAUUUUCUCGUGAAGAAUCAUGAACCACUCUUGGAUCGUUUACUUCCACUUUCCGUCUUUGAUUUUACGAAUAUGGAAGUUAUCGAGAAAUAUGAUGCAAAAGAUAUCUACGCUGAAGAUCGUUUAGAUAAUAUGAAACCAGAGAGAAACGAUCGUGACGAUGCCGUAUUCCUAGUUCGUGAUGUUAUUGUGCUUUUAGUUUCUAUUAUUGGUUAUGCUUGUAAAGAUAGAUUACUCUCUUCAUUUAGUUUUGGAUAUUCCAUACUUUUUCCUGCAUCUAAUCAUAUAGAUACACAAAAGUCGGGUGAAACUAUAGCAGAAAAGGAGUUAGAUACCAAUAACAAGUUUGAAGAUUUAAUUUAUAGUCCAAUAUCUUCUUGGAGUAGGUUUUCCAGUGAAGAAAUUGGGACUCUGGAACUUUCUCUAUUUAUACUUUAUAUUUUGCGCAACGAGUGCAAGGAUUCUAAAAUGAAUGUGUUUAUUGAAAAAAUUAGGGGGUUUGAUCCAAAUGUGGAUGAACGUAUUGAAUUUAUACUUGAUCAGAUAAAUAAUGAUAAUUUCAAGCAUUUACACCUUUCGGAUGCUUUUCGUGUUUUUUCAUCGAAAAAAAAGUUUAGGAACCUUAUAGACUCAGAUUUGGAUUGGAUUAAAUCGUUUAGUACAAUUUUACAAGUUUGUGAACAAAAGAGAGAUUUGCAAUUCGGAGAUGGAAACAUCUUUCAAUUGGUAGAGGAAAAGAUAGCCUAUUUUAAGUAUCCAAUAUUCGUGGGAAAAAAUAGCGAGGUAGAAUAUGGUUCUGAUCAUUUGUUUACUGAGUUUGGUGCCAAGAUGGCAUCAAGUAUAGUUAGUGCAUUAAGUACGCAGAUCGGUAUGAAUUUGAUAGAAAACCAAGUAACAACGUCUUCAAAGCAAAGUCAUACAAAUGGUAUAAAUGAACUUACUAUACCUAAAAACUUGGAAGCUGCGAGGGAUUAUUUGGAAAAGGUGUCAUUACUACUGAGAGUAUACAGGGAAUACCCAAAUUUGAUACCCAAGGGUAAAAAGGGUCAGAGUCCAAAGGAAUUACCAAUUUUCCAAAUAUCUAUAGCUCUUUUAGUUAGGCAUAAUGAUCUUCUCCAGCAAUUUAUACAUAUUCUUACGGAUUUGAUUCUUUGUGGCAUCACAGUUCCUUUGAAGAUAAUUGGAUCGAACUUUUCGGAUAUUCAAACCCUUAUUUUGGUUUCUUUAAGAUGUAUACUAGCAGAAGUGUUGAAAUGUGACAAGGCGCAGCUUACAACAGUAGCAAAUAUGUUCAGUAUGUUUGAUUUCAUUGCAUAUUUUGUCAUCAAAUCCUUGAACGAACUUGUGAGUCUUACACAGUGGUCCUCCGGAAAUUAUAGGGUCUUUACUAUUCUUUUAGAAAUAUUGGCAUAUUCUUUCCAGAUUGGACCUAUUCUACGCCUUCUAUUGGAAAAUGGAUCCAAAAUGCAAAUUAUCUUCCAAACAAUUUUUAUCGCAAACACACUUGGGAAAUUCCACAAAAGAUUAAUUAUUUCUCGGAAUUUUCUUAACCUUUCACUAAUAACAAGGCUUCUCCGCAUAAAUCCAAAUUUUAAUUCGAAUGUUCAACAGAAAUAUUUUGUAAAGUCUGGAUCUAUGAUCGGAGGUCCUAGUUGUGCUGAGUUUAUAGACCAACAACUUGAUAGAAUUUUUAUGAAGAAUUGUGCAAGCUUUCAAGUAUGUCUGGAUGAAGGUGUAGAUCCAGCUAUAUCUGGAUCGUUUAAUCUGCUUGAUGUGAUAGCCUAUGUCUCAUUUAAGCAGAUUUUUAAGGGAAGUAAGGAUUUAAGGGUGGAAAAAUUUAUAAAUGUUGAAGAGAAUCCGCUGUUGGAUAUAGAUUAUAAUUUGUUGGAGAAGCUGUGCGUAAUAGAGAGUAGUGUAUUUAGUUGGAAUCUUCUAGACACGGAGUAUAGGCUCUCUCUAGAGUGUAUAGAGCGGUUGUUUAGCGGAUUUCCUCAGCUUCCUCAGACGAAAUUAUUGUUAAUUGCUGAAUAUUUUUUCAUUUUUGUUGCCGCUUCAACAGGCAGAGAAUAUGGUCAGGUGAAAACGAAAAUUUUAAAAGACAAUAUGGUUAAUCCAAAUGCUGCUUUGUUCAUUUACGAGCUUUAUCGCAAUGCAAAAUCGCACCUUUACGAAUAG